AUGGCCUCGCGCAAUUGCGAAAAUUCGCCCCACGCAAGCAACCGACGAUGGUACGGCUGCAAUGCGCCGGAAUGCUAUCCUAUGCCUGAUUCGGGAACCAGUGGAAAUCCUUCCUCGGAUAACAGUGAAAGCCAGCUGGUGAUACCUCUCCUUGUCCUUGUGAACAGAACCAAUGCAGCGAAAACGGCAGCUAGUGCAUACGGCGCUGCAUCUACGACGUUGUAUCCGAGUCAUUUUUUUCACGUUCCUGGACGUUGGCCUUGGUGCCAACUUGGCGGACCCUCUCCGAUGGCGACCACGACUCAGGCGUCACAGGCAAUUUCGCUGAUUUUGAUAUGA